CCCACACGUGUCACUGAUCACAUGGUCAUGACAUCACCAAAGGUCCUUUAGCACGCUAGGAUACAUCAUCUAGAAGCAUGAAGGUCCUAUUGCGUCCAGCUUGUGGCUCAGGCUGCUGAGUAUCUUGACAACGUAUUAAACAAUUCAUCAAAAAUGGCAAGCAUACCUCUCCAAGAAUCUGAGCCCUGGUAUGCUGGACGGGUGUAUUCCAGGUACUGGAAGCAUUACAGUCAAGCCAUGCAGUGGCUGUAUAGACAUAAGAGAGCAUACAGAAUGGCCAUGGCAUCCAUAUGUUAUCCCCCCUGGUACCUGGCUGAAACCUUCCAUAAUUCCCGUUAUACAGAUUGGAAAGGAGGAGAGUCCUCUUAUCCCUCUGUCUAUGCAAGGCCCCAGAAGCACGCUGUGCAGCCACGCAGGAGUCACCCCUGUUUAAAGGUAUCAAGCUCUAAAGAUGAAGUGUCUGAAAUGGAACUUGAAGCUGUGUCAUCUGAUUCUGAGGAGGAAGGAAUAGAAUGUGACAUGAGCAACAUGGAGAUAACAGAGGAGCUGCGGCAAUACUUUGCAGAGACGGAGAAACACAGAGAAGAGUUAAAGAAACAGCAGCAGAUUGAGCAGGAAAUGCAUGAGCAGUAUGUUGAUGCCGGUCAUGAUCUACACUUCGCCACUAAAAGAUCAAUUCAGCCUCCUUGUGAACAGCCUGGAGAAAGACGUAGAAUAGAGAUGAACAAACUUUACGGAGAAGAUGCCGCUCAAAUCCAAGGAAUGGAAACUGCAAUGCAACUCAACUUUGAUAGACACUGUGAUAAAAAGCAACCUAAGUACUGGCCUAUCAUCCCAUUAAAGCUAUAAGUGUCUGGGCAGAAGAUGUGAUGUACAUACUGAGGAAGAUUUAUCAAAACCCGUCUAGAGGAAGAGUGGUGCAGUUGCCCAUAGCAACCAAUCAGAUCGCUUCUUUCAUUUUUCCCAGGCCUCUGGGCAACUGCGCCACUCUUCCUCUAGACGGGUUUUGAUAAAUCUCCCCGACUGUAUGUAGCAGCAAUGUCAGAAACCACAGCUGUAUCAACUUAGCAAUAGGUUCCCACACUGAAGUGUACAAACAGGUAAUGUUUUUACAAAUGUAGAAUUUUCUGGUACUGGAUCAACCAUGUGUGAAUUUUCAUUCAAACUACUGUUGACAUUCUGCCAAGUUUUCCUUAUGUGAACUGUACCUGAGCAUAAAAAUAUAGAUUAAAUAGAACUUGAACGUAAAAAAUAGAACUUGAUGGCCAUCUUUUGGUUACAAUGUUGCAAAUGUAAAAUAACUCUCAGCAUGUUGUAUUCAUUACUGACAAAAUGUAUUUGGAGAAUCUUUUGGAAAAACAGGUCACAUGUAUUGCAGACAUUGCAGAAUUGUUUCUGCUCAUGAGCUGUCCUCAGUAAUGGCACAGUGGUUUUGAAGGUUUGUGAAGUCUGGAACUGUUAUUACACAUUGGUCUAGGGCAGUGGUCUUCAACCUGCGGACCUCCAGAUGUUGCAAAACUACAACUCCCAGCAUGCUGGGAGUUGUAGUUUUGCAACAUCUGGAGGUCUACAGGUUGAAGACCACUGGUCUAGAGUCCUGCCAGUAUAUAACUUUUUUUUCUGUAUUUUGUACUGAUACAUAUGCUUACAUAUAAGUCAUCUUUAUAUAUUUGUAGCAGUUGCUGUAAUGUUUAUCAGAUCUUCUCAUUUCCCUCCUUUUUGUAAGUUAAUUAAAACAUUGUUAUUAGGUCUUAGGUCUCAUGCAGAUUUUUUGGUGUGGUACAUGUGAAUUGGGAUUCAGGACAUCCUGCAGAUUCUUUAAUCUUCUUUCAUUUUAUCUUGCAGAAGUGUGCAGAAUUUCUCUGCUGAUUUCUAGGGAUGGACCGAUAUCGAUUUUUAAGGGCCGAUACCGAUAAUAUGUGACCUUUCAGGCCGAUAGCCGAUAACUUAUACCGAUAUUCCGGUCUAAGUUAUCGGCUAUUUCACCCCCCGACCCGGCCCCGCAAUAGCCGCUGUAGAUCAGUGAUUUAAAGAGGGCGCUUUAAAUCAAUGAACUGCAGCGGGUUUCGCUUGGCCUGAGACCACCGCCCGCUUCUCUCCCCCUGCCUGUCCUGGUGUCCUCCCUAGUCCAACCACCACCACCGCCGCUGCCACAUUGCCUCCCCCAUCC